AUGUCUUCGGGUCAAAAUAACUUCGCCUUCACCAACAAGCUUUACCAAAUCCUUUCCCGAAAACCCGGAAAUGUGUUCUUUUCACCGUUCAGCCUCCACGUUUUGCUCGCCAUUGCAUACCAAGGAGCAAGAAAUGUGACACUAGAAACAAUCCAAAAAGUGCUUCAAAUUCCGGCCGCUAGUUACAAAAAUAUAAUCCACCACUUAACAACCUUAGAAAAUGUGCAGCUAUCUAUAGCAUUCAAAAUUAACCUUAAAAAAGAAAAACGACUCUUGGUGUCGUUUGAAAACACCGCCAAAGACUAUUUUGACUCUGAAGUCGAACCCAUGGAUUUUACUCAGAACACCGAAACCACAAGAAAAACCAAGAAUAGCAUCGACGAAAUUUUGGUAUCUCUUCCUUUUUUGACUCUUCGUAGCACACUCUACUUUAAAAGCGACUGGGCUUUACCCUUUUGUGAAAGCAAGACUCAUGAAAGAUCUUUUUAUUUGAAUGACGACGACGUAGUGCAGGUGCAGAUGACGAAAGAUCGGAAAAAAGUUCCCUAUAAGUACGACAAAGACCUGGAUAGUCAAAUUUUGAUUUUGCCAUACGCGGGUGACGAAGUCCAUAUGGUGAUCAUACUACCAAAAGAAAAAAAUGGGAUUGGAAACCUGGAAGUGGCGUUGAGUAAGAUGGAUCUUAGGGAAGUCUUCACCGAAUUGCGUCACAGGAAAGUGGAUGUGUUUUUACCAAGGUUUAAAUUCGAGAGGUCCACGGUAAUGGACGACGUGGUGAAAGAGAUGGGACUUGGAGUGAUUUAUGACCAAGACAAGGCGGAUUUUACGGGUGUGGUUGAACUAGAAACGGGCGAGAAUUUAUAUGUGAAUGGAAUAGUUCAACAAGCUUGUAUUGAUGUUAAUGAGAAGGGAACAGAAGCAGCUGCUGUUGCCGAAAUAGAACCUACAGUAUCAACGGGGGCCAAAAUAUAUCCAGCUCGUCGAUUUAUUGUUGACCACCCAGCCAUUUUUAUGAUCGUGGCAGGAAGUGGUGAAAACACAACCAUUUUAUUCUGUGGAAAGUUAUCACAUCCAGAGUACUAAAUGGAAUGAGUGAGAAUGUCGCACGCAGACAAGUUGUACGAGAAUCCGUUCUGCAAUGUGUGUGCAAAUAUUGCAAAGAAAAAACGUGUAUAUUGUUUAAAUUGUGAACAAUGGUGCCACAAAAGUUGUGCCCAAAGGAAAUCGUGUUGUAACGAGAAAUUUUUAAUGUGUGACUACGUAAUCAAUGAAACUGAAACUGAAACAAGGGACAUCGAUAGAAUGUUUAGUGAAAAAUUAGAUGCUGUUGUGUCAACUAUGCAACUGAAAAUUGAAAAUCUGCACGAAGAAGUGAAGGAAAUUAAAAUCUUAUUAACAUGUAAAAAUGCGACCCAUGAUGAUAUGAAGUGCCUGCAAAUUGAUAACAAAACGACAAAAACUGACGACCUCAAUCAAAAGAAAAAGAUGAUGAGUGUUGAAAUGAAAACAAACGAAUCAUCAGCUGAUUGGCAAGCCCUGCCGAGAAUAAAUUGCAACCAAAGGGAUACCUCCACAUUAACGGAAUUAAGCAAUAAACAGCAACAAUUGAUGUCUGACAUCAUCAACCUAGAGCUUGAAACCGAUACCUUAAAUACUCUUAAAACAACAACAAGAAAUAGAAAUGGUACGACAUUAAACUUGGAAAACAAGGUAAAUGCAACCGGGAAAACCCAAAGUGAUAAUAGGAAACAAAAGCCCCAAAACGAAUUCUCUCGUACUCCUAAGACUGAAAAGGAAAAAAGUGAAACCCAAGAAAAUAAAUUUGAGGAAGUCCGUCCUAGAAGAUCAAGAAAACGUAAUUAUAAGGUUGGUGCAUGUGAAAGCAGCCCUAGUGAGACCUCUUCAUUUAUAGGUACGCAACGUAACAAAAAGAUCUGGUUAUUUAUUGCGGGUGCACGGGAGCACGUAACUGAAACAAUAGUAAAGCAGUAUAUAAAUGG